UUCCACAGUACUAUAAAUAAGGCUGCAGAGUGCCUGGGCUCAAACCUAAGGCGUGGCUGUGUGCAGGUGGACCGUUGCUGCUCUCCAUCUCAACUUUCUUCAAACAGGACUUUCUCCUCCGAGGAACUAAACCACCGCAAACAUGCCUAAAUGCCCCAAGUGCGAGAAGGAGGUUUACUUUGCUGAGAGAGUGUCGUCACUUGGCAAAGACUGGCAUAGACCCUGUCUGAAAUGUGAGAAAUGCAGCAAGACCCUGUCGCCUGGCUCACAUGCAGAGCAUGAGGGGAAGCCUUAUUGUAACAACCCAUGUUACGCUGCACUCUUUGGACCCAAAGGUUUUGGACGUGGCGGCACUGAGAGCCACACAUUCAAAUAGGUCAGUGAGUUCACCAUAUAAAUAUGAUCAGUUUUACCUAUACAUACAGAUGAUGAUGUUUAAACCUGAACUAACUGUACUCUUCUUUCUAUUUACAGGUUUAUACACAGCUUGAUUUUUGUUUUGUUUUGUUUUGGGGGUUUUUGCCACUAUAUUAAGCCACAUAUUUUUAAUUCAAAGACAAAAUGACCAAACCAUGCCAUGUUUUAGAAAGUACUAAUUUGUAUAAUCUGUUUUUAAAAUGUUGUCUGCUAUAGCAGCACACAAUGUUUCAUUAGGGAGACUUAUCUAGUCUUUAUAAUGAAACUGAACAUUUUAUACAUUAAAUGUAUUUCAAACCUC